AGACAGGCCGCCAGGCCGCCUCAACCUGCCACGGUCAGGACCACACACAACACUCGAUGCUCAACCUCGCCGGGGCAUCUUGAACUGCAGGCUCUAGAAACAGUUGAAGGUUAAGGUUUGAUGGAUUCUUAGGUCUCAGGUCUUUCUUCUGCAACAGCCACUUCGCUUUGAACGACUGCACUGGUCUACCCAUUCAUCAUCGCAUCCUGCAGGAGAACAUUAGGCAUAGAGAACGCAACGCGCUUUUUAACCACUAUCUGGACCUACUUAAGCCGUUUUUACGCAGCUGACCAUGUCUCAUGAAUGCAUCUGGUGUGAACAGCCGGCAGUCAAAAGGUGCUCCGGCUGCAGUGUGGAAACGGCGUGGUAUUGUGGGACUGCUUGUCAAAAGGAGCACUGGCAAUUUCACAUCCUCGAUUGCAAACCCUCAAAGGGCAUUACCACAGCUCACUAUCUCCUGCGCGAUGUCUACCGUGACUUCAUCCCAGAUCAUCAACAGACUCGUGACGACUACGGCUUCACGAAGGCGCUCACGCCCGCGAACGAAUCGAAGCUCCUAGGUCUGUACCAGGGCUUGAUGAAAUAUAACAACGUGUCCGCCAAGAUGUUACACAAAUGGCGCGUUCAGGGCAUUCUGAAUCAGUGGGUCCUCGAUACAGCGCGACCGGCAGGUGGCAUCGCAGAGGAGAUGCGACGGCGUGCAAACCUCUACGCUGGCUUUCCAGAUGAUCCCACUGAGGCCCAGAUGAAAAGGAGGUUGUCCACAUUGGCAGAGAACACUGUUCGAUGUUACCAGAUGUGCGCGCUAACGCUAUCUGCAUUUCGUCCUUCCCCAUCGGAUGACCUGUGGAUACCUUUCGGCUUCUGCGCAUGCCCCGACGAAGAUUCCGAGAAGGAGCUGGGGGGUCUCUAUCGAAUUCUGAUCGAUCCCUCCCUUCCCUGUUUUGGGCAAGUGACAAAGUGUUCCUUCAAGGAACUCUGUGAUGCAUUCGGCUCCUCGAGCCUUUUCUCGCUGUUCGCGCGACACGGCCUGGGCCACAUGGCAAACAGGGUCGCCAAUCUUGCAGAGGUGCUCAGAGGUUCUCCCACGGCCCACAAGUCGGUAUGGUUCCUGAAGCAAUUCGCCGUUUCAGACCGUGACACUGUUGGGCUCCAACAGUCAGUCGCCGUCGACUACGGCUUCGUGAACUGUACUAUGAAUGGGAGACCUGACGCAGAGAAGACGGAGAUGCUCAGAAAGGUGUACAAUGACGUUUUCUUGAAGGCCAAGGCGGACCCGAUGAAGCUGCAUGAAGCCGCGAUCAAGAGCAAGAUCUUCGAGUUCGUGAGCAGGCUGGUCGAAAUCAAAGCAGAUUAGCGGGAUGCCUUGAG